GUUCAUUCGUUUCAUGUCUGGUAGACACAGCAUGGAGAACAUGCUGCAGUUCUUAAAACUAGUAGGGCAAUUGAAGCAAGUGCCACGAAAGGGAUGGGUGUACAGACACGUGAAGCAUCCAGAGAGUGUGUCCGAUCACAUGUACAGGAUGUCAGUGAUGGCAUUAACGAUACAAGACCGUGGCGUAAACAAAGAGAGAUGCAUGAAGCUGGCCUUAGUACAUGACUUGGCCGAGUGCAUUGUGGGCGACAUCGCUCCAGCCGACAACAUUAGCAAAGCAGAAAAACACAGAAGAGAAAAGGAGGCAAUGGUUCACAUCACAGGCUUGCUAAGUGAAGAUCUGCAUAAAGAGCUCUACCAGUUGUGGGAGGAGUAUGAGACCCAGUCGAGUCCAGAGGCCAAGCUGGUGAAAGAGCUGGACCAGCUCGAGAUGAUCCUACAGGCCCAUGAGUAUGAGGAGCUGGAGGGGACCCCAGGCAGACUGCAGGAAUUCUUCUCUUCCACUGAAGGCCGUUUUCAUCAUCCGGAGGUCCUGGCCCUGGCGAGGAGUCUGAACGAGGAAAGAGCUCAUCACAUAGGGAAGCAAGGCGAGGCCAGUUUGGGGCAGGCAACAAAUCAGGACAGCCACGUAACGCACAACUUCAUAACUUCACUGUAACCGGAGGAAGGGUGAGCUGCUGCAUCAGGGUGUACUCUAGAUUUUGUGGUUUAUAUUUAUCAAUAACCACAAACCACCCAACAGCUAAGGUUUCUCCUUGCAUCUUUAUAUUGUGAUUGUCUUGCCAGACAACUUUCAUUCUCAAGGGGCAAACAAUAAUAAUUUUACUUGAAACAUCAGCAGAGAUGAGCUUACAGUCAUUUCUGAUUAAGACAAUGUAAGAGCUUCUAGCGCUUAAUUUUCUUUUAAGUACUUUUACUAAAGGUAUUUCUUGUUUUGACAGAAAUUAUGUCUUCAGAUAGAAGAUAAAGCAGUCUUAAUGAAUCUACAUUUCUGUUAACAUUGUUAUGAGUGCUUUAAGACUGUGUUGAAGUGUAACACAAGACAAAAUUAUCUUCCCUGACUUAACUUCUGUUGUUAAAGUAGUAGCUGUAUCUACCACAUACACAUUGUGUUUUUGUCAGUGUUCAGCUGUAUAGAAGGGUCAUUGUUGCACUUGAAUUCCUGCUCCCGAAAUUCUUUGGCUUUUACGGAAUUGAGUUGACUCACCCUGCAUUUACUGCCAGCCUUUCUGGUUACUGCUGACAAAACUUCCUUCUUGAUUACUUUGUCAGCAGAUUUUGCUGGGUUUUUUUGCUUCAUAGGAUGAGCAAUGGCACACACCAAAGGUCCCAUAAUUCUUUCAGUUUCCUGUUCUAGAUUUAUUUAUUUUUUACUUUUUUGACCAGUUGGCAUUAUAACCGAAUAUUGACUUCAUGUCAGGAAACAUCAGCCUGUUUUUUUUUUUUUUUUUUUUGGUUGUUAUUUUCAAUAAUCUUUCAUUAAAGUGUACCGUAGCCAACUUUAAAAAGCAAUAAAAAAUGCUGAAAAAUUGA